AGGGCAGGCGGGGCCGCCAUCCCGGCUGAGGGCAGCGGCGCGGGGGAGGGAGGGCGGGAAGCCCGGCCCGCAACACGAGCGGCUGCUGAGCGGGCAGCGCCCAGAGCUGCCGGGCCCCGCAAGGCCAUGGGGAGGGUCGGGCUGCAGCUGCGCGCCACGCUGGAGAACAUCACCCGGCUGCGGGCCGAGGGGCAGGAUUUCCGCUGGUACCUGAAGCUAAAAUGCGGGAACUGUGGUGAAGUGUCUGAAAAAUGGCAGUAUCUGUGCUUGAUGGACAGUGCUCCCCUGAAAGGAGGCAGAGGAAGUGCCUCUAUGGUGCAGAAGUGCAAGCUGUGCUCCAGGGAGAGCUCCAUUGAUAUUUUAAGUCAGACAAUCAAGCCUUACAAUGCUGAAGACAGUGAGAAAUUCAAAACAAUAGUGGAGUUUGAAUGCCGAGGUCUGGAACCAGUUGACUUUCAACCACAGGCAGGGUUUGCCGCCGAAGGUGCAGAAUCUGGCACACCUUUCAAUGACAUAAACUUGUUGGAAAAGGAUUGGAAUGACUAUGAUGAAAAAACAAAGGAAUCUGUUGGAAUCUAUGAAGUUACUCAUAAAUUUGUAAAAUGCUAAAGGUCAUAACCCUUAUUGAUGAAGGAGCUGGAACCAUCAGAGGUGCAAUUUCCUCAAAGUUACUUUUCACGUGGCUGUACUUCAAAAAUUGAAAACUAAAUUGUACUUAUUAUCCCGAGAUGUCCUAAUAAAAUAUUUUCCACAGA